UGUAAACUGAUGCCAGAAACAAGAUUGUGUUGCUCAAAGGAGGUUUAAGGCAAUAAGUGAUAGAAUUAUAACCGCUCGUUUACACAAAACGCUCUGAAGAUCAUGUGCACUAGCUCAACACUAACGUGAAUUUGUCGGUUGAGACGGAGCGCUUCUAACAAGAGGAAAGAUUUUGAAGUUUCUUGGAACACACGACACUCGGAUUAUUAAAAGCGCUUUUUCCCCCCUGCAAAGACUUUUGAGUGGACGAAUAAAGACAGACAACCUCUCUCUUUUUAAUACUGCGCAAAAACGUUGAGAGUGCUUUUACAACGUUUUGACUUCUUUCCAGUAUUCAAACUCCAUACAAAUAACGGCAGGCGAUGGUGAACAGCCGUGUGGAAUCUACCGCCGUUGCAGUAACGGGAGGUAGUGGAGGAGCAGUGCGCUCCUGUGCGGGCUGCAGAGGUCGGAUCUUGGAUCGCUUCCUGCUCUUCUCAAUGGAUCGAUACUGGCACACGCACUGCCUCAAGUGCUCCUGCUGCCAGGCCCAGCUGGGAGAGAUUGGCAGCACCUGCUUCAGCAAAGGAGGCAUGAUCCUCUGCAGGAACGAUUACAUCAGAUUGUUUGGUCACAGUGGUGCUUGCAGUGCAUGUGGACAGUCGAUUCCUGCCAGUGAGAUGGUGAUGAGGGCCCAGGGUAAUGUCUACCAUCUAAAGUGUUUCACUUGUGCCACAUGUCGAAAUCGCUUGGUGCCUGGCGACCGAUUUCACUACGUUAAUGGCAACAUCUUCUGUGAGCAUGACCGACCAGGUGGAGGUUUGCUCAGUAGUCACCUGACCCCCCUGCAGAGCAAUACCCUCCUACCUGACCAAAAGGUUUGCUGAGGAAACAUGGAAUUAUAAUUUGCAGUGUGCCUUCUAUUCAUCUUUCUCCUUUUAUUGACCCCUGCCUCUCACCUUCCCUCUGUUCUCUCAUUGUGAAUGUCCACCCACACCCAAGAUCUUCCACUCCACUAUGUGCAUCAAGCCACCUUCGAAGAAUACAGAGCUACGCAAGUACAAUGAGUCUUUUGCGAGACAAUCACCCCUAAUGAGGGAAACAUAAUCAAGUUGACAAAAGACACAGAGGAGGAAAAUUACCAUAUGCACUCAUUUGUGGCCUUUCUGGGACUGCCUGACCCUGAAAGCCUUAGACUCCAUAAAUGAGCUGUUCUCUAUAGCUGGGGUGAUACUCAUUGUUUUUUCCCCUUUGAGAAGUUUCUCAAGAAUGUUAUGGAUGUUACCUAACACUAUAAACUAUGAAGGUCUAUGGAUGUAUUUGUAUGUUAGGAUGAUGAUAAAUAUCUCUUCUGCUCACAAAAAGAAGUCCAUAGUUUAAGUGACUGUUAAAACACUCCUUCAUUGAGCAUAUGAUUGUUCAAAUUUUGUUCAAGUGGCGGUUGCCAUUUAUUUACAGGACCUUUUCACUUUAAGUGCAAGUUUUCUCUUUUUUUUUUAAAGUUCUAGUGGCUUUGGUGCCUAAAAACAUUCUAUGUUGAGUUAUCCCUCCUUUGUCAGUUACUUCCUAUUAGCAAGUAAUAUACACAUGCACCGUACAGAUAUGUGAACAUGUAUUGUUUUGUCUGCUCAAGUUUGACUUAUGAAGCGCUCUUAUUGAAAGAGCCAUAGUCUUUAGAGGAAACGGCAUGUUUUUUAUUAUUUAUUUUUAUGAUUUGGUUGAUUAAAUAAUAUGUCUGUAUGCAUAUCCUCUAGAGACUGGUAUUCAGUGUCUGCCAAGACUUUUGCUUAAAAGCUGGGAGAGUGGGGGAGGAGGAGAGUAAAAUUGUAAAUAUUUCUUUUAUGUGCUGUUGUAUCGUGUUAAAUGGUGGCUCUGUUUCCUUGCACCCUCUGUUUAAAUGGAGGAACAUUCAAAAUGUUAUAAGAUAUCUGUAAAGGAUUAAAGUACUUAAUUAAAUAACUAUAAACAUCACAGAUACAGUGUUAAAGGUUUUGACUUGGCAUGUUUGUCUGUUGGACACUGGAAAGCGAGGCAGCUCACAAAUAAUUAAUGGUCAAAGGGUGGUUCAUUACCCCCCAUAUUUCAACACAAACUCUUGCAUCUGCAUCAUUAAAGAGAGUACUGUAAGGCAUUUGGACUGACA